UUCUCCUCCAACGUUGAACAGCAAAGUUGUUUCUGCCAUUUACACAAUUCUUAACCAAAGGCAGUGAGGCCAUUGCUUUCUUGUUGCUUGUGUUUGACUCCCUUUUUUUGUCUCAAGUUUUUGAACAGAGAGAAACAACCGUCGGUUGCUAGCCAAGCUUUGCAGCUUACAGCGUUUCGCCAGCCUCUGAUAUCCCUGGAUUUCUCCUAACCGAAUCCACCAUGAGCUACGGAUACAGUGGGAAUCAAAACCCGUACGACCAACGGGACAAUUACGACAGCCCCCCAAGCUAUAACAAUACCCCCUAUGGCGCUGGUGGCCGUGGUUACGCCCCAACUGGAGCCUCAGCAGUCGAGAUGGCUCCUCUAACGCAACAUGCUGGCUCAAUGGCCCGCGAAGACCCCAAUGCGAUCCGUAACGAGUGCCGUGAUAUCAGCAACAGUGUCCGCCAAGUCGAGAGCAGCCUGGAACAGAUCAAGGUGCUCCAAUCCCGAGUCCUCAGCGAUGUUGACAGCUCCUCGUCGAGCCAGUCCAACCGUCAGCUGGACGCCCUGACAACCGAGACCAUGGCUACUUACCGCUCUCUCGCUGAGCGUGUCCGUACUGUCAAAUCUAAGCCCGAGGGCCGAAGCGCCAUGAACAGUGGCCAUGUGGACCGAGUCGAUCGAGAGGUCAAGGCCGUCAUUACCAAAUACCAGACUGUCGAAUCCGAGUUCCAGGCCGCCGUCAAGCAGCAGAUGGGUCGCCAGUACCGUAUUGUUCGCCCCGAUGCUUCAGAUGAAGAGGUCCAAGCCGCGGUUGACGACACCGGCAACGGCCAGAUUUUCAGCCAAGCUCUGAUGCAAAGCGACCGCCAGGGCCGUGCCCGAGCUGCACUGAGCGCAGUCCAGGACCGACACAAGGAGCUGCUGAAGAUUGAGCAGCAGAUGACAGAGCUGUUCCAGCUCAUGCAGGAUCUCGAUACCCUGGUCGUCCAGCAAGACGCUGCUGUUGUACAGAUUGAGCAGAAGGGUGAGGAGAUUGUCGAGAAUCUCGACAAGGGUAAUGAGGAAAUCGCAGUGGCUGUCACUACUGCCCGAGCCACCAGGAAGAAGAAGUGGAUUUGCCUUGGUAUUGUUGUUGCCAUUAUUGUCAUCGUUGUCAUUAUUGUCGUCGUUUACUUCCUCGUUGUCAAGGGAACGAACAACAACAAGAAGCGAUCUCUGCUCGAGGAGGUUGCUGUACCAGCUGCUCGUCUUGUGGCUCGUAUGCCCUCAGAGGAUGAGAUUGCCCAACAGUUUGGCCGGAUAGCAAAGGGACGACUCCACUUGCCUGCUGUACCACAGUAAUGGCUGUAUCUGACGAGAUAGUGGAGACGAGCCUGAACGAAGGAUGAGUGAGAGAGCGGGAGAGAAGAGGUAUAAAAGGGGCACGCGCACACACACACGCACACACACACGUUUUGACUCCGUUUUUGUUGAAGACAUUGUAUAAAAGUAACUACCGACAUGUGGCAGGACCUUGUGCCCAUAUUUCUUUUGUUUACGCCUUUGGAUUUGGGCACCACACAAGGGCUAUGACAUUCCGGUGGUCGUUGAACGGGAACGAGCUCUGAGUUUUCUUAUGUUUCUCGAAGCACAGGGGAUGGCUGGUUGGAUUGAUUGUGUUUAGACGCCUUUACAGUUACUUUUUUUUUCCGCCAAUGCUUUUUUUGGUUGCUGGUUUUGGGAAGAAUAUUUUGGAGUUUAGCAUUUGAGGCGCUCAGCAGAAAGAC